AGUAAAUUAUCUGUUAGCUUUGGCUGCGGUGACUACCUGGAGAAAGUUGCAGGUGGUCAACAAAGUAAGACGGAGACCAUCCUUGCAGAGACAAAUCCAAGAUACCAGAAGCCCAUGACAACAGCAAUAACCCUUGCAGUGAAAGAAGCAAUGGCGACCAACAGAGUUAUUAAUCACCUGUUCACCUUUCUUGCUCUUUGUUCACCUCAGCCAAUACCCCAAGACGUCGCUGUCAAUUACAUCAUGGAAAUAGAUGAAGAAUUUACUGAUAAAGGGUGGAUCAGAUCAAACAUAAAUCGAUGUUCAUUGUUAUUAUCUGAAGAGGAAGGUGACAGCGUCUGUAUCCGAGUGCAUGGAGUCGUUCGUGAUGUACUUGAUUCUUUAAAAACAAAUUUUGCCAAGGAAUUAUACAUUAAAGCUGUCGUUGGGGCUGUUGCAUCAUUUGCCAAGUUCGAUGACUUAGAUACCUUUACCAUCGGCUCAAGACUUGUUCCCCACCUAAGAAAACUGCUCCUGAGGGCUAAAUAUCUGUUUUCUGAACAAGACUUACCUCAAGUCAGAAAAGUGGGUGAUAUGCCCUUACAAGGUUGUCUGAAUGGCCUCCGGAUCCUCGGAAAAAUGUGCCUCGACCAUUUUGAAUACGAAGCUGCAAAGAACUGCUCCGAAGUAGCCUUGGAAAUUAUACACUCAGGUAACGCAAACGACGCUGUAGGAAAAGCAGAAAUCUACAUCUUUGCGGGAAUCACACACAAAUGUAAGGGUAACUUAGACCAAGGGAAGAACUACUAUACUAGUGCAUUGGAUAUUCUUCUGAAACAGCUUGGACCUGAGCAUGUAGAUGUCGCAGCUUCUUACAAUAACCUGGGUACUGUAUACAGUAGUCUGGGAGAUUUCCAGCAAGCAAAGGACAAUCAUGAACUUGCAUUGAAUAUUCUUCUGAAACAGCUUGGACCUGAGCAUGUAGAUGUUGCAGCUUCUUACAAUAACCUGGGUACUGUACGUAGAAGUCUAGGAGAUUUUCGGGAAGCAAAGGACAAUCAUGCACUUCCAUUGGAUACUCUUCAGAAACAGCUCGGACCUGACCAUGUAGAUGUUGCAGCAUCUUAUAAUAACCUGGGUACUGUACAUAGAGGUCUAGGACGUUUCCAGCAAGCAAAGGACAACUAUGCACGUGCACUGGACAUUCGUCUGAAACAGCUUGGACCUAAGCAUGUAGGUGAUUUCCAGCAAGCAAAGGACAGCCAUGCACGUGCACUGGACAUUGGUCUGAAACAGCUCGGACCUGAGCAAGUACAUGUCGCAACUUCUUACAAUAACCUGGGCAUUGUAUACAGAAAUCUAGGUAAUUUCCCGCAAGCAAAGGACUACUAUGCACGUGCACUGGACAUUUAUCUGAAACAGCUCGGACCUGAUCAUCUUAAAGUUGGAAAAAUUUAUGAAAAUAUUGGUGACGCACACAAUGAACAGGGUCAUGAUGGGGAGGCGAAAAGAAACUAUGAUCGUGCUUUGGCGAUUUAUGCUCGAAGCCUUAGGCCUGAAGAUGUUGACGUUAUAAUUAUUCAGAAUAAGCUGGCUCAACUACUGCAGAAUACUCGGAUGGCCUUUGUAGAUGUAGACACGCGUGUUUGUCCUGUUACCUGUUCAAUGUUUUGAAUGUACUAGAUUACCGAUGUCAAGUUCAGGCAACUUAUCGUUCAAAUUUCGUUAAGGAUACAAUAAGGUUAAUUAAUGGGAAACCAACAUUUUUUAGAAUCACGUUCAGUUUAAUCGCUUACGACCGUAACUAUUGCUAAGGAUUUCU